AUGUCCUCCGCCAUUCGGUUCAUUGGUAAUUAUGAUGUGAAUGCGCAGGGGAAAUUUCUGUGGGAGAUUCUGUGUCAGCUAAGACAGCUUGGAGUUGGACGUAUUGUUACCAAGAAUGAAUGGGCUCGAAAGUGGCCAACGCAGCCUUCGUACAUCAAAAUCGUUCGGGCGCAACCUGCGAUGGACAGAUGGUUGUUUGGCGGUAAAGUAUGGGGAGAGUGGACCUAUCGAGGACGAAACCUUGGAGUUUAUGAAUUCGCAGAUGAUCUUAACCGAUCCGAUUGGCGAUUGAUCCACAAACAUGAGGAAGAGAAGUAUAUAGAAUGUAAGGAACCUAUGAGUGACAUUACUCUACCAAAAUCAUUUCCAGUUCCACCAUUGCAG